GCCCUCGUGAAGAUGCUGCUGCAAAAGGAAUACACCGUCAAGACGACAAUCAGAAAGUCCGAUGACAUGGAGAAUCACCCCCAUCUCAAGGACUUGCAAGCGCUCGGUCCCUUAGAGGUCUUCCGCACCGACCUGGAGGACGAGGGUAGCUUCGAUGAGGCCGUGGCCGGCUGCGACUAUGCCUUCCUCGUCGCGGCUCCGAUGAACCUCAACGCGGAGAACCCUGAGAAAGAAGUGAUCGAGCUGGCCGUCAGCGGAACCCUUAACGCAAUGAGGUCGUGCGUGAGGGCGGGGACGGUGAAGCGCGUGAUCCUGACAUCGUCAGUGGCGGCUGUUGCCGGCCGGCCCCUGCCACUAGGAGACAGCCAUGUCCUGGACGAGGAGUCCUGGAGCGACGUUGAGUACCUCAGAGUUACCAAGGCCGGCGGCUGGGCCUACAAUGUCUCAAAGGUGCUUAUGGAAAAGGCGGCGCGGACUUUCGCGCAGGACAGCGGCAUCAACCUUGUUACGGUGUGCCCCGCCUUCACGGUUGGCGAGGCGCCGGCGACAAUUGUCCACACCAGCGUCCCCGUUAUCCUUUCUUUGCUGACUGGUGACGACGAGAAGAUUCGCAGCCUGGAACUCGUCGACAGGGCGUCUGGCUCGAUCCCGAUGGUCCAUGUCCACGACCUCUGCCGCGCAAACAUCUUCUUAGCCGAGGAGGAGGCUGCGUCAGGAAGAUAUAUCUGCAGCAGCCUCGACACCAACCUCGCGGAGCUAGCCACCUUCCUGGCCGCCAAGUACCCACAGUAUAACGUCAAUACCGACAGGUUUGGUGGUCGCCCCGAGAAGUUGAGAGUUUGCAUUUCGUCGGCGAAACUCAUCGGGGAAGGGUUUGAGUUCAGGUACAAGGCGUUGGACGAAAUAUACGACGACGUCGUCAACUAUGGAAGGUCCUUGGGAAUCCUUCCGUACUAGCAGUUUAGCAUGCAUGAUGAGCCUCUGUAUUGGUUGGUUGGAUGUCGGAACCAAGCUAAAGUUCAAAUUUGCUUAUACUAGCAAACACUGCCCGUGCGUUGCUUCACGUCGAUUUUAAUCCAUGUAUAAUCUUUUUUUUCAUAUAUACUGAAAUGAUCAAAUACAUAGUGUAAACAUUUGUACACCGAAGACAACAGUAAGGUGAACAUCGAGGCAGCACCGUGAUGCCAAAUAAACCAAAUUUGCUGGGCCGACGCGAGUUCGAGGAGUGCUCUCUGCAAAUGCCGCGGAAGGAGCGUACCAACGUGCAGGUGACUCAGUGUUCCUGUUUCUGCCGCACAAGGAGAAGAUCAAAGGAGGCGUGGCUAUGUUUGAAAGAGCUUGUUGAGCAUGCUGAGUUUGAAGGAGUUCGGCUGGGGUCCACCAGCAGGCGUGACAAUAUUGGCGCGCAAAGUGUCUUUUUUAAUUUCCGGUUGUGUUGUUUUUAUUUUUUCUGUUCAGGAAAAGUGGGUCCGAGUUGUUUAGGGUUUCUGGAGUCACCCAUAUAAAUAAAGGGUUGGCUGCCGGCCAUUGUAUCCUUAGGUUAUGUUUUGAGUUAAGAAA